UUUGCCAGCAAAACUUACCGUUUGGAAAUCAUUUCGAUUUUUAGAUGUUCUGCUAACUUCGGACACUUUUGUCGGCACAAAUCCACAUAUGCAUAAAUCUCGGGACUUAAAGUGGAUUGGUUAUUGCUAAAUUUGUGCCCGUUCGUUUGUGCCGUAAAAAGUUUGCCAGCGAAACAUACCGUUUGAAAAUUAUUUCAAUUUUUAGAUGAAUAAACAAUGCUCGUACUAUCCCAUCAACAGGAAUAGAUCGGUACGCGACACGCUCACAGAACAAUUUUUGAGGUUAUGUAAAUUCUAAAGAGAUGUUUUUGUGAAGAAUUAAAUCUUUAUUUUUAUUAUGUUGUAUUAGUAGUUAAUUAAUAAAGGAAUAUAACUCGAUAAUUUUAAAACCUACGGGCAUAAUAAGCGCUUACAAACCAUGCGUAUUUUAUAACAGAAGAGCGAUGUUGAAUGAAGAUUCUAUUGAAAUCAGACAAGAGAACGAAAUAGAAGCAUUAAAGGCAAUUUUUGGAGAUGCGUUGGAAGAUUUACGUGACAAAGUUGCUUGGAAUUUAUGGCUGCCUUUAAACGUAAAAAUCAAGCUGACUCCACAACAAGGAAGUUCUGGUGUUCACGAGGUGUAUGCUACUGUGGAGCUUCACAUUAUUUGCUCCAAACAAUAUCCUAAUGACAUCCCGGAGAUCUUACUUGAAAAUGGCAAAGGCAUGUCGAAAGCUACGUUGGACGAGUUACAAAUUGAGCUACAGCAAGAAGCCCACAAUUUAUUGGGGGAGGUGAUGAUUUUCGAACUUGCUCAGCAUACGCAGUCAUUUCUCUAUCGACACAACAAACCCGGAUUUAAAAGUUUUUACGAGGAAAUGUUAAAUAGGCAAAAGGCAGAGGAGCAGAAAUUAAAGCAAGCAAAACAAUUGGAAAGGGAUCGAGAGAGACAAGUGAUAUUCAACGAAAUAGAAAAAAGAAGAGAGAUUCUUAAAUCAGAAUUUAAACUGAGGAGAGAACGAUUUGACAGUGACCAGUCAGAUGAAAAUUAUCCGGGCAAAAAUAGGAAAAGCAGUAACAGUGCUAGUUCACUCGACCACGAAGAUUCAAGGUGUGAGCAUCAUGGCACUCAAGUGAUCGAAUUUUCAAAUAAUGGAAUUAGAGAAAUUCAAAGGGGUCGUUGUAUAGGUCACUUAAAGGAAGGGCAGGUUACAUAUUACCAUGGCUUAGAUAUAGAAACUGGGGAGUUAUUUGCUGUAGGAGAAUGGAUUAUUAAUUAUAAAAAUGCUGAUGAAUUACAAGUAUGUCGACAAGUUACAAGCAUUGAACAGGAGAUGAACUACCUAAUUAAAUUGAAACACUCACACCUUGUGCAUUAUGUGAAUGUGAAACAGCAACAUGUCAAAGACAGUAAUCGAGUGAUUGUCAAUAUUUUACAAGAAUUUGUUGUAGGGUUGUGUUCUUCUGUCUUCAAUUAUGAAUUAUCCAUUGAAACUGAAAUGGUGCGACACAUUGCCAUCGGAGUAUUGAGCGCCUUAGAAUUUUUACAUCGAAAUAACGUUAUUCAUAGAGAUAUCACCAAAUCCUGCGUUUACAUUAGCACUAAUGGCACGGUUAAACUAAGCAAUUAUAGUAUUUAUAAACGCUUAACCGAUUUGAUUGCUCAUUGUCAGUCUGUAAGCAGCUAUAAUAAGAAAACUGAUAUUUACCAGUUUGGAAUAUUGUUAUUAUCUCUAAUUCGAGGUUGUUCUGCCUCUGAUGAUAAUCCAGAAAUACCUUCAAACGUUCAAAUGGAUCUUCAUGAUUUUUUAAUGAGGUGUUUGACAAGAGAAGAAAAAGAACGGUAUACUGCAGCGCAACUGUUAAAUCAUCCAUUUAUAAAAGUUCCCUUAGAGCGUUUAUCCCCUCCCCAAAACGUGGAUGAGUUCCCUAUUACAAAAAACGUAUCACCAGAACCAAUCCUAACUGACAUAAGAACAUUAAGCCAUUCCAACUCCGGGGGUCAGUCGAGGGUAGAAAGUGAGUUUGAGGUAAUGCAAUGGAUCGGAAAGGGAGCGUUUGGUGACGUUUUAAAGGUGCGAAAUAAACUGGACGGUGGCCAUUAUGCGAUCAAGCGAAUUGAACUAAAUCCGAAAAACAAACAAUUGAAUCGAAAGAUAACGAGAGAGGUGAAACUUUUAUCUAAGCUGAACCAUGAGAAUGUUGUUAGAUAUUACAAUGCUUGGAUUGAGAGUGCGACAAUUGACGAUGAUACCCCACCGUCUUCAAGAACUGACUCCUCCAAUGUUACAAACUUGCCAAAAACAGUUCAUAAGGAUGAGCUCACUUUUAAAAAUGACGUGGAGAUGUUGGCGCCUCCGCUCAAAGAUGUGGAAUGGUCUAUUAGUUAUGAAAGUAAAUCGAAACCUGGUGUUGUCGAUGAUGAAUCUAGCGAUGAUGAUGAUGAAGAAGAUUGGGGUGUUAUACUAGAUGUGGAGUCUUCAGACUCUGAUAGUAUACAAUUUGAAAGAGAUGAUAGCGAAACUACCUGUGACGAAUCAAAUAGUAUUACUACUGCUAAUGAUUCCAUGCAUGUUGAUGCAACACCGCGAGGCCGAGUAAUUCAGUUUAUGUACAUUCAAAUGGAAUUCUGCGAGAAGAGCACAUUAAGGACGGCAAUUGACUCUGAUUUGUACAUGGAUCAAGAUAGGAUUUCGAGAUUAUUUCGAGAAAUUAUUGAAGGUUUGGCGCACAUACACCAACAGGGAAUGAUUCAUAGAGAUUUAAAACCGGUAAAUAUAUUCUUGGAUUUAAAUGACCAUGUCAAAAUUGGAGAUUUCGGAUUGGCUACAACAAACAUCUUAACCAAAACAGGCGAAGUGUCCACCAACAGUAAGAACACACAAGAAAAUGAGAAAAUAAUUUGGUCACCCGAAGUUGGUGACGGAAGUUUAACUGGUCAUGUCGGAACUGCUUUAUAUACAGCGCCGGAGCUUACCUCAAACUUAAAGACAAUAUACAAUCAAAAGGUAGACAUUUACAGUCUAGGCAUAAUUUUAUUUGAAAUGUGUUACGUUCCGCUUAAAACUCAAAUGGAGAGAAUGAAGAUUUUAACUGGACUGCGACUUAAAGAGGUAUGCUUUCCGGCGGAUUUUAAUAGGAAGGAGUGCCAUAAGCAAGAAAUUCUGAUAAGAUGGUUGUUGAAUCAUGACGUUGCAAAACGACCGACCUCUGAGGAAUUAUUGCAAUCGGAAUUGGUGCCGCCUCCAGUUGUUGAAGAGGAGAAGAUGCGAGAAAUGUUUAGGCACACUCUUAGUAACACACAGUUGAAAGAAUACAAAUACCUUAUAGCGUCUUGCUUUCAGCAGCCUGUGACUGCUGCACAGGACAUCACCUAUGAUAUGAAUGUGGUGAUUCCUAACAUUACAAAGUCUUUACAGUUGUUUCAUUAUGUAAAGGAAACUGUCAAAAAUAUAUUUCACUUGCAUGGGGGACAGAAUUUAUCGACACCUUUAUUGUUACCGAAAAGUAAAUAUUAUGACGCAAUAGAUUCGUGCGUAAAACUAAUGACACAUUCCGGUAGUAUAACAUCGCUGCCUCAUGAUUUACGAGUAUCUUUCGCACGGUAUGUAGCAUGGAAUAACAUAACGUUUUUGAGAAGAUAUGCAAUCGAACGUGUUUACAGAGAAAAGAAGGUUUUCGGCUUUCAUCCAAGAGAAUUAUACGAAUGUGCAUUUGAUGUCGUCACUCCUAAUCCAGGUAAUUUCGUAACGGAUGCCGAAGUGCUCUUCAUUGUUAAUGAAAUCGUCAAUGCUUUGCCCGGACUGAAAAACAAAAAGUUUUUUAUACGACUGAAUCACACUUCGCUACUUAAAGCUGUAUUGCUUCAUUGUGGUAUUAAAGAUCGUCAUAAUGACGUUUUUAACAUCUUAUCAGAUGCAAAGGAAGGCAAAGUGAAAUUACAAGUAAAAACUCACCUGAUCAGUUUAGGUCUGUCGGAUAAUUCCAUUACCACCCUUUUCAAUCUUAUAGAAAUGGAAAACACGUUCCCGAAAAUAAUGAGCGCAUUUCAGAUUAUAACUAGAAAAAAAUCAACCGAAGCAAGCACGUUAGCCAAGCAAGGCUUGCAGGAGUUGAAGAUCAUCAUACAAAAUGCGGAAGCGCUCGGCGUUAAUUUUAACGUUGUCAUUGCUCCCGGCUUACUGUUUAAUGUUCGACAGUAUUCGGGCAUGAUGUGCCAGUUUGUGUGUGAAUUAAAAAAAAAGAGAAGGCGAGGUGGAAUGGACGUGCUCGCUGCUGGUGGCAGGUACGAUGGUAUGAUUGCGAGUUAUCGCAAUGUUAAAGAAGAGGCUAUUAUGUUAAAUAAAGAACUGCAGCAAUCGGCAGUUGGGAUUUCUAUAUCGCUCGAUAAGUUAAUCCAAGCUGUUCAAGAGGGCGGUGAUUUCAGUGAGGCGACAACUAGCAACCUGGAUGCUGUUGUGUGCUCUUUAGGUAACAAAAUUGCGCCUAGAGAAAGGUUUCUGGUUUUAACUGAUCUGUGGGCUGCUGGUAUUCGUUGCUGUUUAAUUGAGGCAAGCAGUCUCGAAGAAAUUCAAGAGCAAUGUACUGAACUUAGCGUUUCUCAUAUAAUUAUAUUAAAAGAAACUGAGAAGGGUACCGUAAGAAUUCGCAGCUGGGAUAGAGAUAGAUUUCAAGAAAAAGUAGUUAAAAUUCCGGAUUUAGUAGAAAAUAUGCAAAGAGUAAUAAAACUGUGGAACGAAGGAUGUGCAGAACAUGUAAUUCCUUUAAGUAAUAUUAAGAAUGAUAGCAGAAUCAGUAGUGGCGAUAGCCAUGAAGCUAUUGUAUCAAUCCUUUUUGUUACAAUGGAGAAAUUAUCGGCGAACACGAGAAAAAGAUACGAAAAUCAGAUAAAAUCCCAAUUAGACAGUUUAUUUAAACGGCUGUCGGGAGAAGUGAUUGUGUUAGCGUUGAGUGUGGACUCCAGUGUAAUCCGUAGUUUAACUUCGUACUUAGAUUUUGAAUCUGAACGUGUAUUUCAGAACUCAUUGAAGGUUGUAAUUGAAAGACACCAAAGGCAUAAAAAAUAUUUAAUGGAAAUAUGUGACGAAAUGUAUGAGCUCAAGUUGAAACACACCAACGCAAUUUUAAUUUUAUACAGUAUAAGUGAUUAUUUUUAUAAGAUGUUUUUAUAAAAGCAAUCCAUGAACUACUGGUUAGGUUGAAGACUUUUUAUUUUUACAGCUGCUGUAUAUUGUGACUAGUAAUAAGAGUAGGUAGUAAAACUGCUUUGCCACAAAAAGUACAUCAUUAUAUCUAUAAAAUUGUGACCUGAACGUAUUUAUAUAAAUGAUAAGUAUUUUUUAAA